AUGGCCUCCGGCGCAGCCGGCGGCGGGGGGCGCUGUGCCGCUGGAGCACGUGCCCCCACCCCCAACCCCAGCUCUGCGGGCGCAGGGGGCGCCUGGCGCUGCGGUCACGGUCACGGCCGCUCCCCAGCCCCGCACUCCCUGCUGUGGCCGCUGCUGGUGGCCGCCGCCUGCGCCUGGAACUGCUGCCUGCUGCCCGCGCGCCUGGCCUUCCCCUGCCACACGCCCCGCAGCGCCCCCUACUGGCUGGCGGCGGACGGCCUGUGCGACCUCAUCUACCUGUGCGACCUGCUGCUGGUGCAGCCCCGGCUGCCCGCCACCCGCGGAGGCGACGUCAUUAUGGAUCCCCAUGAGCUAGCAAGGCUCUACAGAAGUUCUACAAAAUUUCAGCUGGAUGUGGCCGCAGUGGUGCCAUUGGAUGUGCUCUGCCUCUUCUUUGGCUUUCACCCAAUAUUCAGGACAAACAGGAUAUUAAAGUACAGGUCAUUCUUUGAAUUUAAUCAUCGCCUGGAAUCGAUCAUGGACAAAGCAUAUAUCUACAGGGUGGCUCGGACGGCGGGCUGCUUGCUGUUCGCUCUGCACGUGAACGCCUGCAUCUACUACUGGGCCUCCGACCGCCAGGGCAUCGGGACCACCCGGUGGGUGUACAACGGCCAAGGAAACAUGUAUCUGAGAUGUUAUUACUGGGCAGUCCGAAGUUUGAUUACCAUUGGGGGUCUUCCAGAACCACAGACUUUAUUCGAAAUUGUGUUUCAGCUGCUGAACUUUUUCUUGGGAGUUUUCGUGUUCUCCAGCUUGAUUGGUCAGAUGCGCGACAUCAUCGGAGCCGCCACGGCCGCUCAGAGCAACUUCCGGGCCAGCCUGGACCGCACCGUCACCUUCAUGAACGCCUCCUCCAUACCCAGGCCCGUGCAGGCCCGGGUCCGCACCUGGUAUGCCUACACGUGGGAUGCUCAGAGGAUGCUGGACGAGGCGGACCUGCUGGAGGCCCUGCCCGCCGCCAUGCAGGCAGCCCUCGCCGUGGACAUGAACUUCAGCAUCCUCAGCAAUAUCGACCUGUUCAAGGGCUGUGACACACAGAUGCUCCAUGACCUGCUGCUCAGGUUGAGAUCCACCAUCUACUUACCUGGUGACUUUGUCUGCAGAAAGGGAGAGGUCGGCAGGGAAAUGUACAUCGUGAAGCAGGGGCAGCUGUGGGUUCUCGGAGGCGCCGAUGCUGCUCAAGUCCUGGCCACUCUGACAGCGGGGACGGUGUUCGGAGAGCUUAGCCUCCUGGCAGCUACAGGAAGCCGCCGGACUGCCAGCGUGAUGGCCCAAGGCUUCGCCCACCUUCUCGCCCUGGACAGGAAGGCCCUCCGAGAAACCCUGGCACAUUACCCGGACUCGGAAAAGCUCCUCUUGGAGAAAGCCAGGGCUCUGCUCCGGGAGACGGCUCCAGCCUCAGCAGCGACCUCUCCUACGCAAGGACUUGCCUCCCUCUUCCCACCAAGACCAGACACCUGAGACUUGCAGACUCUACCUGGAGCAGCAGAGCCACCCCACGCGGCUGCUCAGACUGCAGAGAGCGAACCGCGCAGAU